CCAUACCAGGCAGUUCUUUUAAAAUAAAUAUUGUUGAUCCGUCCCGUUGCCUGAUAGUAGGAGAUCUACCUGACACAGUACAAGUCAAUCAAUCAGCCACAGUUUGCAUUGAUACUACAGGAGCUGGUCCAGGAGCAUUAAAUGUACUAAUCAAUGGGCAAAAGGAGAGCCAGCAGUUAUCAGUUGAUGUAGUUCAUCUUGGUGAAUUGGUUGAUGCAAUGUCCAACAAGUACAACUUGAAUUUUAUUGGUAAAUCCAUUGGUGAGGCUAGUGUCAUUAUCAAAUGGGGAGAGUACCAGAUCUCAAAGACUCCGUUUACCAUUAGUGUCUGUGAUGCUGAAGCUUGUACUGUGGAUGCUUCUGAAAUGACUAAAAACCCGUUACAAGUCGGAGUACCGUUUACGUUUAAAGUCCAUAGCACUGGAGCUGGUAAAGCUGAUCUGAGCAUAAAACCAGGAGAUACCUCCGACUCUCGAUACACUAUCAUCACUACGUCAGAUAAUGAUGUACACACUGUUGCCUGUACUCCUUGGACUGUUGGAGAACAGUCUCUAUCAGUGACCAGAGGAGGAGAGCAUGUAAAAGGUAGCCCAUUGAGCUUCUCUGUCUGUGACCCAAGACAAUGCAAGAUAACUGAUCUACCAGAUGCUGAUCACUGUGUACCAUUACUGGGGGUACCUAUAGAGUUUAGUAUUGACUAUCAUCUUGCUGGACCUGGUGAGGUUAGCUUUGUUGUUCGUUUACCGGAUGGUUCUGAAGAGGAACAGGAAGGAGAGGAAGGAGAGGAAGGCGUGGUAGUUUAUUCUUAUGCACCGGAAGAGCUAGGAUCCCUUGAGUUCUUACUGGAGUUUAAUGGCAUCAGUUUACUAAGAAACAAAUGGAUCUGUGAGGUGCCAGAUCCAAGUAUAUUCCGAGCCAUAGCUCCCAAGGGAAUGUGCAGACUAGAUGAGCCAGUUCAGUUCUAUGUCACCGGUAUUACAAAACAAACUGAAGACUUUAUAGUCACUGGUACAGACCCAAACAGUGUUGAAAUAGAAGCUACCAAGGAACAGCACAUUCACAACAGCAGCAUAUCUGUAGUACAAUUCACUGCAACAGUUGUUGGGGAAUAUUCGAUUCAGGUCAAACACGACUCAAGUGACAUUGAUGGAAGUCCUUUUAUAAUUUGUGUCACAAACCCAGCAGGAGCAAGGAUAACAGGCUCAAUACCUGAUAAUCCAAAAGUUGGCGAGAAACUCUCGUUGAGUAUUGAUGCAAGUAAAUGUGGGCCUGGGGACAUAUCUUGUGACUUGAUACCACUUUAUGGAGAAAUAGACAUUGAGCCACAGAUUCUCUCUUCACCAGAUGAGGAUGAGCUAUAUGAGAUAUCAUUUUCUUCUCAAGUUGUCCUCAAUUGUUUCUUAGAGCUUAGGUUGGCAGGCUACCUCUUACAGCCCAGCCCUCAGUAUCUCUCCUUUGUUGAUCCUAGCAAAGUCUUAGUGAACAGCAAGGAACUGGAGAGUGGAGAUAUGAUAAAUCAAGGAGACCCACUGAGUAUUGAGAUUGAUGGAAGAGAAGGAGGUUGUGGUACACCAGAAGCUAAAGUAUCAAUGGGAGGAGCUCCAGUUGAUGUGGACUUGGUAGAUAAUAGAGAUGGUACUUUUCUUGCUAGAGUGAUAGCCCUAGAAGCAGCUGAUUAU